GUCAAAUAAUUGCUCAAUAUUCUCAAUAAGAAAAGACAUGGUGGUGGAAUCUCUAAUGGAAUAUAAUAGAUCUGCGUAAAUAAAACGGAAUCUUAAAAAUAAUUUCGUCCCUUAAAAUAAUGUACACCGUGUAUGUAGUAAAAUUAAAUAGUUUCUAAUGAACGUGGGCCUGAUGUCCAACUCGGUAAAUGACUUGCAAAGUACCCCACCAUCGUACUAUAAUUUGUAUGGGGGCCCUUCAACAGCUAUCUCCCAAGAUUUGGGAGAACCACCAACUUACGAAGAAGCUAUCGAUCCAAACGGACCUCCACCUUCGUACGAUUCAUUAUUUGGUAGAGUAAGAGAAGCAAGAAAGACAAGUAAAGGAGUUUUUGAUUUUCUAAAAAAUGUGGUAAUAAUUUUAUUGGGUGCAGUUGGUUGUACCGUUAUAUUAGGGGUAACUAUAAUUGUACCGAUUUGUAUGAUCGUAAUGGGUCUGAUUUAUUUACACGAGUGUCCCCAAGGCGAAUACAUUCCAGUUUAUUUAUUAGUUGGUGGUAUUUUUGGUAUUUUAAAACAACUUUUACAUUUAUCAACGAGAGUAAGACAGCGUGAAGAGGAUCAACAAGAAGAACAACUUCGUCAAUCACCGACUCAAACACUAUUAAACUGUUUUAUGUUGGGAUGGUUUAUAAUCGGAUCGGUUUGGGUUUACAAAGAAUACGAACCAAAUUAUGAUCCGCUAAAAGACAACGGAAAAUAUUGUAAUAAAAGUUUGUAUUUAUUCGCGUUUUGGCUGAUAACCGCUGUGUAUAUUUUAAUCGGAACGGUGACUCUGUGUUUGUGUUCUUUGAGUAUCGCGAGCAUUGUGUUACAACCAAAAAUAACAGCUUUUGAAAAUGAGAAUGCGGAAAACGCAGAAAGACGAUAAUGAAAUUUUUUGUUUAAACAGAAAGAUGCCGUGGUCCAAAAUUUAUUUCCCUUAAACAAUUUUAAAGGUAAAAAGUGCACAAAAUACGGUAGCUUUUUGUCCUUGGGGCAUCUGUUUGUCUGUGAUACGUUAAAAUUUUUUUUGAUUAGUUUUUUAAUUUUCCACAACACACAAAUUUUCUUUAAUUACCUUAGAUUAAUUUAAGAUUUUUUGGGUCUGAUUUUUUUAAAUACAAAGAUGUUAAUAUUUAAAACGAAAAAGUGGUUGGACACAAUAUCGAUAUACAGCGUAUUAUACAAUUUUUCGAAAAUCUUUGGCUAGCUUUCAUCUUUUGAUGUUUAAUUAUAUUCCGAAUUUUACUAUAUACACAAAAAGAACACGCUCUUCGGCUUGGUUUUGUGUUUUCCAUUUUUUAAGUGUUUUUACAACAAACUUGUAAAGGAAUAUUUUAGGCUUAAGGAUUAAAAAUAAAAUAAUUGGAGAUUUUGUAAAAAUGUAUACAAUUUAUCGCAGCUAAGUACAAAUAAAUGUAUUUAUUCUAAAA